AUGGAUGUGCUCAGGGACUCAGUCGAGUCCGUCAUCCUCAACCCCGACCUCGCGCCUCUUCUUGCCAUCAUCAAAGCCGCCCGCAAUGGCGCUGUCUACGGAGCCAAAGUGCGCUUCCCCCAUGCUCUGGUCAUGGUCUUAUUAUUCCGGUCUGGGUCUAUUCGAGAGAAGAUCCGGCUCGUCCUAAAAGCCACAAAACAACAUGCGCGCAACCUCGCAACCUUUGCGGCCGUAUACAAAACAGCAAUGUUGGUGUUACGGUUACUCAAUCCCAAACAUCCCGGAAAAGAGGGGCCUUAUGACACCUUUUUCGCCGGCUUGCUGGGCGGAUACACUGUUUUUGGUCGAGCAAACCCGAGCAGUGUGAAUCAACAGAUAGUCAUCUACGUUUUUGCUCGAGUGAUCCUGGCCAUGGCCAAACUCAGCAUCGAACCACCCAGUAUGACGAGCAGGACACCGACGCCCACUUUGUGGACGCAACGACUGUCGCCUGCGACGCGAGAAAAGAUCCAGGAAAACGCAUGGCCGAUCUUUGCGAGUUUGAGCUGGGCUCUUGUCAUGUACAUCUUCCGAUGGCAACCCGAGAGCAUUCAGCCAAGUCUGAGGAGCAGUAUGAAAUAUAUAUAUGUGAACUCGGACUACUGGGAUUCUUUCAGGAAUUUCCUUAUUCAUAACACUUAA